AUGGAUAACUAUUCUGUGGAUCCCAACAAACUUCAGGUUGAAGAAUUGGAAUUCUCAAAAGGUUCAUUUUCUAGAGUUUAUAAAGGAUGGUAUUUAGAUAGAUCAGUUUGUGUAAAAGUGAUAAGGAAAGAUAUGUUGGAUCCUGAUUUACUAGUAUUUAUAAAUAGAGAAAUAGAUAUUUUAAAAGAUUUAUUUAGUAAAACACACAAGAAUAUUGUUGAAUUUAUUGGUGUAGGAGAAAGAGAAUCUUUAUUAUUUUUAGUUACAGAAUUAGUACACGGUGGAGAUUUAGGAUCUAUUUUAAGAGAUAGUUCCAUACAAUUACCAUGGUUACUUAAAUUACACAUUGCUCGUAGUAUUGCAGAAGGAAUGAGAUUCUUACAUUCAAAGAAUAUUAUGCAUAGAGAUUUAAAAUCAAAUAAUUUGCUUGUUGGUGAUGAUUGGACAAUAAAAAUUUGUGAUUUUGGAUUUGCAAAGAGUUUAAAUCCAACUUCUUUAACCAAUACAAUUUGUGGUACAGAUGAAUGGAUGUCACCUGAAGUGAUAUUAGGUAUGCCUUAUAAUUAUUCUGCAGAUUUCUAUAGGUUAGAGGAAAGAUUACCACAAAAUAAUUUCGAUAUCGACUUGGAAGAAUUGGAGAAGAUAAGACCGGAGGAAUGUCCAGAAGAAUUUUGGAAGUUAGCUUUGAAAUGUUGCUCGUACUACCCCAAAGACAGACCAGAUUUCGAUUCUAUUAUUGAUUCAAUCGAUGAUAUCAUUACAGUUCAGGAAUCGGUCGAAUUCCCUCCAACACCCAUUAUAAUUAAAGAUCCAAACUUUAAUGAUCAGAAUGCAUUGGAGAAUUGGUUUAUGCUUUCGAAUCUCCCAGGCGAUAUAUUAGAUGAUAGUUUUGAAAUGGAUAAUGUAAAGGAAGAAUCAAUUGAUUUUAGCGAUGAAGAGAAAUUCGAUGAAGAAGAAGAAGAAGAACCACCUAGAUCAAGAAGAUGGUAUUGCUCUAUUUGUUAG